AUGUCUCUUCACACAGUUGCCAUAGUGAUUGGCACCAUGGUGUGUGGGUGUCUUAACUCCCUUCUUACCAAGUACCAGGAUAACCAGUGUGUCAAGAACUGCUCAAAUCCUGAUGUGAAUACCCACCAGAACUUCGAGCAACCUGCUAUUCAGACUCUACAGAUGUUCAUCGGCGAGUUUGGCAUUUACAUUGUGUACUACGUCAUCUACAAGUCUCCAUUUUCACGGAGAGCCGAAUAUCAACCGUUGACCGGUGAGACACGGCCUUCGCUGAAGAGUCAAAGCAUGCUUCUUGCUAUUCCGUCUGUGUGCGAUAUGUUGGCCACCACUUUUAUGAAUGUGGGCUUGAUCUACACACCCGUCUCGAUUUACCAGAUGACCAGAGGCGCCAUUGUUCUUUUCGUUGCUGUACUUUCGGUAGUAUUUCUUCACAGAAGAAUAAGGCCUUUGGAGUGGAUUGCAUUGGUAAUCGUCACACUCGGUAUAGGUAUUGUGGGGUACUCGGAAGUCGAACAGGAACCAGCGCUCGUGAUCUUUGGUAUGUCCUUGAUUAUAGUGGCCGUCUCUCUUCAGGCUGUACAAUUUGUUGUCGAGGAGAAGAUUCUCGCCAAGUACCACUUCACGCCAUUGCGCUUGGUCUAUACUGAGGGCUUCUUUGGCGUUACGAUUUUGACAACCUCUUUGGUUGCUCUUAACUUCAUUAUUGGGCUGAUACAGUCGAAGGAUAAUUUUGCUGACUCUCCAUUCAAUUUACGUGAAUCGUUGACUCAAACCUUCUCGCUGCGUGAAGUUCUUAUCUCCUCGUUCCUUAUCAUGAUUUGCAUUUCAUCGUUCAACUUUUGUGGGGUCUCUCUUACUCAAAAGCUCUCUGCUACAGCACGUUCGACGAUCGACAGUUGUAGGACGCUUUUGGUAUGGAUUACUGCAAUGGUAUUGGGAUGGGAGUCAUUCAGUUCUUUGCAAUUGUUUGGCUUCGUUACCCUUUUAUUCGGCACCCUUUGUUUUAACGGUGUUCUCCAACCAGAGGAUUGGUCGAUUAUUCCAGACUUCCUCAAGGACAAGGCACACAAAAAUGAAAGGCUCAUAGACGUUGUGGACGAGCCUGUGGAGAGAAUGUGA